CUCUUUACUUUAAACGAAUAUCGCUUGCCAGUGAGUCGGACGUGCCGCUGUGGACCGGUCUCCAAAUGUGCCUGUGCCGUGAUCGUGCCGUUUUUAACUAGUAUGUGCCGUUAAAGUGACUGUGUGACAAUGAUUGUGGCUAUCCUGCUUUUGUUGGCGACCGCCGGCGCUGCCGAGUUCCAAGAAAGAGUUUGCAUCGGCACCAACGGGCGGAUGUCGGUGCCGUCAAAUCGCGACACUCACUAUAGGAACCUUCGCGAUCGCUUCACGAACUGCACCUACGUUGACGGCAACCUCGAGCUGACCUGGCUCCAGAACAAGUCAAUGGAUCUCACCUUCCUCGAACACAUCAGGGAGGUCACCGGCUACGUUCUGAUCGCCUACGUCCAAGUCGAGAACAUCAGGCUACCCCAGCUGCAAAUCAUUCGCGGAAGGACGUUGUUCAAGCUCAAAGUGAGAGAGGAAGAAUUCGCGCUUCUGGUCACCAUGUCUUCGGCGUUCACUCUCGAACUACCGGCCUUGCGCGACGUGCUGCGCGGCAGUGUCGGCAUUUACAAUAACUACAAUCUGUGCCACGUUAAAACAAUAAACUGGGAUGAAAUAAUCACGGGGGUGAACGCGACGUACGUCUUCGUUUACACGUUCAACGUGCCCGAGCGGGAGUGUCCGCCGUGCCACCCGAGCUGCGAAGCAGGCUGCUGGGGUGAUGGCGCACAUAACUGCCAAAAGUUUUCCAAAACGAACUGUAGUCCACAAUGUGAUCAGGGUAGAUGUUUCGGUCCGAACCCGCGCGAUUGUUGUAACACAUUCUGCGCCGGCGGCUGCACGGGGCCCUUGCCGAGCCAGUGCCUCGCCUGCCGAAACUUCUACGACGAGGGAACUUGUUCGCAAGAGUGUCCUCCCAUGCAGAAAUACAAUCCCACGACCUACUCGUGGGAGCCGAACCCGAACGGAAAGUACGCGUAUGGGGCGACCUGCGUCCGCAACUGUCCAGAACAUUUGCUCAAAGAUAACGGAGCGUGCGUGAGGAGCUGUCCGCCAAACAAAACCGAUGUGAACGGCGAAUGCAUCCCUUGCAAUGUAACGUGUCCCAAGAAAUGCCGCGUGGAAAAACCAAUUCACGCGGGAAAUAUAGAAAGCUUCAAAGAUUGCACAAUAAUAGAUGGUUCGAUUGAGAUUUUGGAGAUGACUUUCACAGGCUUUCAACACGUUAAUCCGGAUUAUUCGUUCGGCGAGCGUUACCCGAAAAUGGAACCCGAUGCGCUGGAGGUGUUCAGCACUGUGACUGAGGUGACCGGCUAUCUGAACGUCCAGGCGCACCAUCCGAACUUCACCAGUCUUUCCUACUUUAGAAACCUAGAGGUGAUAGGAGGACGCCAAGUGGUCGAGAACUUAUUCGCCUCUCUUUACAUCGUCAAAACUUCUCUCAAAUCGCUCGGAUUGAAAUCCCUGAAGAGAGUGAAGUCUGGUGCGAUUGCGAUAAUGGAGAACCGCCACCUUUGUUUCGCUGAAAAGAUUGCUUGGCACAAACUUGUCAAGUCGAAAGACCAUAAGCAAAUUAUCCAAAAGAACGGAGACCAAAGAACUUGUGAGAAACAGAAUCUGGUGUGUGAUCCUCAAUGCUCGGCCGACGGCUGCUGGGGCCCGGGGCCUGACCAGUGCCUCUCAUGUGAAAACUAUAUUCUUGAAGAAACCUGCAUACAAAAUUGUACAGUGCUGCCUGGGUUAUAUAAGGCGGGACCGAAAAUGUGUAAGCAUUGCCACCCGGAGUGCGCAGAUGGCUGCACUGGCCCCAGCAGGGGCAACUGUACCCGCUGCAAGCAUGUGCGAGACGGACCCUACUGCAUGGCGGAAUGUCCCGACUCCAGAUACGUCUCAGAAAACGGUACCUGCCUGCCCUGCCACCAAAACUGCUUCAACGGAUGCACGGGCCCUGCCAACACCGUUGGUGAAGGCGGAUGCAACUCAUGCAAGAAAGCCAUCAUCAGUGUAGAAGCUACCGUCGAAAGCUGCCUCAAAGAAAAUGAACCCUGCCCAGAUGGAUACUACAACGAGUGGGUCGGCAACGUUAAACUAUUAGAAGGAAAAGUUAAAGUUGUCUGUCGAAAAUGCCACCCAUUGUGCAUCAAAUGCAUCGGAUUCGGCAUUCACGAACAGGUUUGCAAAGUUUGCAACGGAUUUAAAAGAGGAGAUCAGUGCCAAGAUGAAUGCCCAGGAGAUCAUUACACCGACGAAGUCAAUCGCCUCUGCACACCAUGCCAUCACGAAUGUAGAGGAUGCACCGGCCCAUCCUCAACAGACUGCAUCAAAUGCCAAAAUCUGAAGGUAUUCCUCAGUGACACAACGUUCAAUUGUACAGCAAAUUGUCCAGAUGAUAUACCGAAUAAAAUUUAUUUUGACGAGCAGAUUCAAAAUACAAUAGAUGAGCCAUACUGCUCAGCGUUAGCAAGUGGCCUCCCUAACAUGGCUACUGCAAAAAUCCCUAUCGUAUUGGUAGUUAUCCUCGUAUUAGCUUUUAUACUUCUGGUCAUUCUGGCAAUUAUUGGAUACACGUGCAGACAAAAAGCUAAAGCGAAGAAGGAAGCCGUCAAAAUGACAAGGGUUCUCACAGGUUGUGAAGACAAUGAACCACUCAGACCUACCAAUGUAAAACCAAAUCUAGCUAAAUUGAGGAUCGUAAAAGAAGCUGAGCUUCGAAGAGGUGGAAUGCUCGGUUUUGGCGCUUUUGGAAAAGUAUAUAAAGGUGUCUGGGUACCUGAAGGUGAAAAUGUUAAGAUUCCAGUCGCAAUCAAAGUUUUAAAAGAGGGAACCGGUGCGAAUACCAGCAAAGAAUUUCUGGAAGAAGCAUACAUAAUGGCCAGUGUAGAACAUCCGAAUUUGUUGCAAUUGCUCGCAGUUUGCAUGACAAACCAAAUGAUGCUGAUCACUCAACUCAUGCCUCUCGGGUGUUUGUUGGACUACGUGAGAACUCAUAAGGAAAAAAUAGGAUCAAAAGCUUUUUUGAAUUGGUGCACACAAAUAGCACGAGGUAUGGCCUAUUUGGAAGAGAAAAGAUUGGUUCACAGGGACUUGGCAGCUCGAAAUGUUCUCGUACAAACUCCGAAUUGUGUGAAAAUAACCGAUUUCGGUUUAGCGAAACUAUUAGAUAUAAAUGAAGACGAAUACAAGGCAGCUGGAGGUAAAAUGCCUAUCAAGUGGCUAGCCUUGGAAUGCGUGCAGCAUAGGAUAUUUACACAUAAAAGUGACGUCUGGGCAUUCGGAGUUACGAUUUGGGAGAUAUUGAGUUAUGGUGCGAGGCCGUAUGCCAAUAUAUCAGCGAGAAAUGUACCUGAACUGAUAGAGAACGGGUUGAAACUGCCACAGCCCAGUAUUUGCACGUUAGACAUUUAUUGCGUGAUGGUUUCCUGUUGGAUGCUCGACGCAGACAGUCGACCGACGUUCAAGCAGCUAGCUGACAGGUUUGCUGAAAUGGCUCGAGACCCUGGACGAUAUCUAGUCAUUCCCGGUGACAAGUUUAUGCGACUCCCAUCCUAUUCAACUCAGGAUGAAAAGGAAAUGAUAAGGAAUUUAUCGUCAGCCAUGGACGGCCCAGAGCCAUUAAUAGAAGCGGAUGAAUAUCUACAACCCAAAUCUAAAGCAGCUCCCGGAACAGCUACGACGAACUCCACAGUCACACCCGGACUUGAGAUGCAGACCAGCAUCUCAAAACCUGCGACUUCAUCCUCCUGGGUGAACAACACGAACGGCCAAGAAGGGGCAACAGCCGACAGCGCGAGGCCAGAAAACUGGGACUCAGAUCUCAUGAGAUACAACUCAUCGAUCAGUCCAGAUGGCACGGAACGUCACUACUACAACAAUGGAGUGUGCGCUUCCGACAGCUCGAGCUCACGAUAUUGCAGUGACCCUAUGAAGGUCAGAGCGGACGUCUUGGAAAGCAAAUUCGACAGCAUGUCCAAAGUCAAAGAAGCACAAGUAGGCAACUUAAAACUGAACCUGCCGUUGGAUGAAGAUGACUAUCUGAUGCCCUCUCCGCAGCACAAUCAGAACGCGUCAGCGUAUAUGGAUUUAAUAGGCGAAGGUGGAGAAGGGCAGGAGGCGAAGGAUGCGCGGUACAAUGGAUUUAUUGCUUCUAAGAGAUGUGUUGACAAUCCGGAGUACUUGAUGUCUGACCAGGGGGUACCUCCUCAAACUAUUGGUAUACCCACAGAGCCUGUGACGCUUGAGUCUUUGAGCACAUGCGAAGGCAGUGCCGGGGACUCGACGCCGCCGCAGCCGGGACCGAGCAAGUACUUGCCGCAGCGAUCAGUGGAGGAGGAGUCGAUGUCAGAUCAUGAGUACUACAACGACUUGCAGCGAGAAUUGCAGCCCCUGCGACGCAACGAGACGACGGUGUGAGAGACUGCCGAGCUGCGAUAAACCUGCGCUAGAUACGCCACGGUGUGAGUGAUUAAAGCGACGAAAUAGACGCUGAUAUUUUACAA